UACAGCAUCCCCUUCAAAGUUCUCGGCAGCCAAGCCGACCGGCAACUGCUGCACUUCUACUGCUGUCAAGCGGUCGAGAGUCUCCCAAGCUUCUCCGAUCCGACGCUGUGGACGCGCCUCAUCCUCCCGCGCUGCCACGCCCAGCCCAUCAUCCGCAAUGCACUCGUCACGCUGAGUGCCCUCUACCAGGACCACUACAGC